AUGCUGGCCCAGACACCAUCAACACGCCUUCGCGCGCUCACCCUCCGUCUCCUCCCCCAGGAGGUCGAGGACGAGGAGAUCACGAGCGCGUCGUCUAGCAUUGUCUCCCCCGAGGUUGUUGAGAUCUUCGAGGAGGCAGGCGGUGACUUCCGCGAGGCGAUUCCCUUCUGCCUGCUCCGUGCCCGCAAGAUGUUCGUCGAGGACGCGAACGCGAACCCGACCGACUAUGGCGAGAACAUGUGCCGUGCGACUGCCUGCGAGGUGCUCGCCCGUCGCUCGGUCCACCGCAUGCCUCCCCACCGCCUUCAGUCCGUCAUGAGCACCCGCUACCGCUACCGUGAGCGUGACGGCGACGCCUCCGCGCCGACCUGUGCUCUCGAGACCGCUAUCGACCAGCACUGCACUAUCUUCCUCUCCUCUUCCGAGGCCCAGAUGGUCGUGACCAUGCUCUGGACGGGCAAGUGGGUUCAGCACAACAACGAGAACGACGAUAUCGACUACGUCGAGUAUGUUCCUCCUCACGACAACCCGCACUCGUUCUGGGCGCACAUGGACCCGUCCCGCCUUGGCGUUCCCCGCUACCAGACCUGGUUCCGCAUUAUUGUCUGGAUCUUCUUCCUCUACGUGUACUCGCAGACUGUGCAGAGUCCUGUCGACUCGGUCGACCCGCUCCGCCAGUUCGACGCAUGGGAGAUCAUUCUGUACACCAUGACCUUCGCCUUCUUCCUCGAGGAGAUCGUCAAGAUCACCAAGAACUUCUGGAACAUCGUCAACUUCAUUACGGCGGCUUUGUUGCUCACCUCGCUCGGCCUCCGUAUCGCUGGCAUCAACCAACCUGCCGACUCGAAGCAGCGCGCUCAUCUUCACCUCCUCUCGUUCCAAUUCCUCGCGUGUGCUGCUCCACCGAUCUGGCUUAGGCUCUUGGUAGUUCUGGAGGGAUUCAAGGUCGUAGGCGUGCUACAAGUCGUCGUCUUUCGUAUGUUGCGCGAGAGUGCGAUCUUCUUCAUCCUGCUCGCGAUUAUGGGUGUCGGCUUCGCGCAGUCGCUGUACGCGCUCGAUGCAGCUGAUGGAGACACGGGCGACGACGGCAGCUCGAUGUGGCUCAUCAUCAACUCGCUGAUCCAAUCGCUCCUCGGCGGCGCCGACUUUGACACGGCCUCGCAGCGCUUCGGCUAUCCGUUCGGCCUGAUCAUUUUCUACUUCUGGAACUUCUUCGCGAUCAUCAUCCUCGUCAACGUCCUCAUCGCGCUGUUCGGCACAGCCUACAGCGAGGUGUACGACAAUGCCGUUGACGAGUUCAUCACCUUCUUCUCCGGCAAGACGGUUGACAUGAUCCGCGCGCCUGACUCGUUCGUCUACCUCGCUCCCUUCAACCUGAUCGAGGCGUUCCUCGUCGCCCCGUGGGAGUUCUGCCUCACCAAGUCGCAGUAUGUUGCGCUGAACCGCUUCGUCAUGCGCAUCGUCUUCUGCGUCCCCCUGACCAUGAUUGCCCUCUUCGAAAGCCAGAUCAUGCACUCGCGCGGCGGCGUCGGCGGCAUGAUCCACGACUACUUUGCCGAGCCCAUCCCCGAGGACGACGAGGACCCCGAUGUUCUCGACCCCAAGGGCGAUGACGAGGGCGAGAUCUCCACGGUCAAGUUUGAGGACCUCGCGAAGAGGCUGCCUAACUACUUCCUCAACGAAAGACAGCUGACAAGCAGCACGACCGUGUCCAACUCGAGCCUCAUCCUCGGCGAGCUCAAGAAGAUGAAGGGAAACCUCGACACCUUCGAGAAGCAGGUUCGCUCCGGCAACCUGGACGUGAAGGUGGAGGAGGUGAGCGAUUAG